AAUUUUGGAAUUUGGGUAGUAUUAAAGUAAAAUAAAAAAUUAAACAUGUAGCAAAUAUGAACUAAGAUUCUUUCGCUAAUAGCAAAUGUCAAAUUUUCCAAAAAAUUAUUGGAAAUAAAAAUUCACUACAGUAGUAUUUCAUUCACAUUGGAAAAAAGUUCUAGAAAAUACAUGAAAUCCCUGUUAUCUUCCAUCACUCUGUUUUCCCGGCAAAUCAAGAUAACAUCGAUUCAAAAUCAGAAACAUUCUGGAAAAAAACUAGAACUUUCGAUUUAUCAUCUAUAAAUAAAAUCCAAAGGUCUACAAUCUUUUCAUUAGAAACAAAUAUCAAAACCUCAAGUACCAUCGAUUCUAAACACCUGAAAACAACAAAUCAACGAUCAAUUGAAAUUCCUAAAAGAAUGUCGCUAAUACCAAGCUUUUUCGAAAACCGACAAAGCAACAUCUUCGACCCAUUCUUUCUUGAUUUACGGGACCCUUUUCAAGCUUUCCCCUUCAACAACAAUACCUCUCGAUCGAUCUCCUCCACUGGCGGCGACACGGCUGCUUUUGUGAGCACCCGUAUUGACUGGCGAGAGACUCCGGAGGCCCAUGUAUUCAAGGCGGAUUUACCCGGUUUGAAGAAAGAGGAGGUCAAGGUUGAGGUUGAAGAUGGGAAGGUGCUCCAGAUCAGUGGUGAGAGAAACAGGGAGCAAGAGGAGAAGAAUGACAAGUGGCAUCGAGUUGAACGGAGUUCUGGAAAGUUCCUAAGGAGGUUCAGGUUGCCGGAGAAUGCGAACAUGGAGGAGAUCAAGGCUAAUAUGGAGAAUGGUGUUCUUACUGUCAUUGUUCCUAAAGCAGAGGAAAAGAAGCCUGAAAUCAAGUCCAUUGAUAUUUCUACUGCUUGAAUAAGUUAAUUAAUUAAUCACUAUAGUAGGCACUUUUUAAACAUAGUAUGGUGAUUUGACGUAUGUUUUUUAUAUGUAAUUGUGGUCUUGUAUUUGUAAUCAAUUUGUAAGUUGUUAAUCAAUGAUGAAAUUAAACAAAUUGUUUUUCUUUUGAAAUAGGUCUAUUGAAGGAGCAUUUUUCUCUACUCGUGUUUUUGCAAGUAUUUUUCUUUACUCGUGUUUUUUAAACUUUAAUUUGACAAUUAUUUGCAA